ACUGAAAGUCGAUUACGUCAAAUAAAUGUGAACUACUAUGAAACAGGAAACUCUCGGUUAAAAAAUUAAAUAAUAUAAAAAAGGUACCUAAGUUCUAUAAAGUUUAUUUGUCUCCGUUUUAUGCGACGGCCAGCGAGGGUGGGAGGCCCAAUUUCCCGCCAAUAAUCUCGAUAGCAAAUUUUUUUAUUUAUUUCCGUAUCUAUAUACAACUUAUCAACCUACAAAGAAAUUCUGAUAUUAUCUGGGCCGUAUUUCUAUUUUUAUUGCAAGCAUGCAUGUGUGUUUAAAUUACGUAUUUAUCGCGUUAUCGUAUUUUGUCAUUGGUCUACGUCCAACUGUGCAAGAAAUGGCUUCUUUGAAUCAAAUAUUACCGAAAACUAUGAAAGGUGUUGGUUUGUAUAAAUACUUACCAAUAUCUAAUUUCGACAGUCUUAUGGAUAUACAGCUUGAGAUACCAAAGAUACGAGAAAAAGAUGUUUUAGUUGAAGUAAAGGCUACAUCGGUUAAUCCAAUUGAACUAAACAACGGGCCCCCUAAGCCAAAUGUAGAAGCAACGCCGAGGAUUCUAGGCUGGGACGGAUCAGGAGUUGUUGUCGCUAAAGGUGAAAAUGCAAAGAUUUUCAGUGUGGGUGAUGAAGUGUUUUUCACCGGCGAUUUAAGAAGAAAUGGAUCUAAUGCACAGUAUGUCGCUUUAAAUGAAGUCUUAGUGGGCUUAAAACCGAAAUCUUUAACAUUCGAGAAAGCAGCUGCUAUGCCAUUAACUUCAGUGACGGCCUAUGAAACAAUAUAUGACCGGCUUUUGCUGUCUGAGAAAGAUAAAGGUAAAACUCUUUUAAUUAUUAACAGUGCCGGUGGUGUUGGAUCUGUGGCAACUCAAAUUGCAAAGAAUUUAGGGCUGACUGUAAUUGGAACUGCAUCACGGCCUAAAUCUCAAGCUUUUACUCUGCAACAUGGAGCUAGCAUUGUCCUCAACCACACAGAGGAUUUGGAACCACAGCUAGAUAAACUUGGUUAUGCAAAUGGUGUUGAUUUCAUCCUAGUAAACUAUGAUCCAUUUCCUUAUUGGGAUACAUUAAUGAAAAUAAUUAAACCCCAAGGCAAGAUCUCAAUCAUUGUUGACAGUAGCGGACCUGUUGAUUUAAGGCCUUUGAAGGACAAAAGUGUUACUUUAGUGUCAGAGUCCAUGUUAACUAGAAUCAAAUAUGAUACGGAAGAUUUUUUCCGCCAUCAUGAGAUAUUGCAGGAGGUAUCAAAAAUGCUAGACAAUGGUACACUAAAAUGUACACUUACAAAAACAUUGUCACCGAUUAAUGCUGCCAAUUUGAGGGAAGCCCAUAGGCUUAUAGAGGAGCAGAAAAUGAUUGGAAAGCUUGUGUUAAGUGGAUUUUGACUUUAUUUUAAAAAUGUUUUUUUUUUUACACAGAACUGUUAUAUAUUCUAAAGUUUAUGCAUAUUUUUUAUAUUUGUAAAAUGAGUUUAUUCAUAAUAUACUAGAAUAUUUUAUAAGAAAAA